UGCGCGCAGCACUGUCUUCUGCUCUGCAAGCUCGUCGAAGCCAGAACAACACCACCCAUCACCCUCCCUUCCUCCGAGCAGCACACCGUCAAUAUGCCUCCAAAAGCUGGUGGAAAGAAGGCCGCUCCGGCGCCUUUCCCUGCCUCCAAGGCCGGUGUUAGCAAGAAGCAGGCCAAGAACCCUCUCAUCGAGCGCCGCCCACGCAACUAUGGCAUUGGCCAGGACAUCCAGCCACGCCGCAACCUCUCCCGCAUGGUGAAGUGGCCAGAAUACGUCCGCCUGCAGCGCCAGCGCAAGAUCUUGAACAUGCGUCUCAAGGUCCCACCGGCUAUCGCUCAGUUCAGCAACACCCUCGACCGCAACACCGCCGCCCAGGCUUUCAAGUUCCUCAACAAGUACCGACCAGAGACCAAGGCCGAGAAGAAGGAGCGUCUGCACAAGGAGGCCACCGCCGUCGCUGAGGGCAAGAAGAAGGAGGAUGUCAGCAAGAAGCCAUACGCCGUCAAGUACGGUCUCAACCACGUUGUGGCUCUGAUCGAGGCCAAGAAGACUGCUCUCGUCCUCAUCCCUAACGAUGUCGACCCAAUCGAGCUCGUUGUCUUCCUUCCAGCUCUCUGCAGGAAGAUGGGUGUCCCAUACGCCAUUGUCAAGGGCAAGGCCCGUCUCGGAACUGUCGUCCACAAGAAGACCGCUGCCGCCCUCGCCAUCACUGAGGUCCGUGCUGAGGAUAAGAACGAGCUCUCCAAGCUCGUUCAGGCCGUCAAGGAGGGCUACCUCGAGAAGAACGAGGAGGCCAAGCGCCACUGGGGCGGUGGUAUCAUGGGUGCCAAGUCUCAGGCUGCUACCCGCAAGGCCAAGCAACGGGCCGACCGUGAGAUCAAGAUCUAAAUGUCCUGAUCUUCUCUCUUGUGUAUCAUACGAAAGCACGGCGUUCAAAAUAGCACGACAAGGGCUGUCUGCUGGGAGGGUUUUAGCUUAUGGGAAUGAUACCACGCUGAAUGAAAAAACGGCACUCAAUACUGUGGCUGCUCUCCCGCAGCAGGACGUUCAUCAUGAUCUCUUGUCUGUUCGUUUCUCUUCCACAAUUCAUCCAUCGGUUCACCUGGAGUCGUUCUGACAGACUGGUUCUCCAUCGCAGCUGUACUUUUCAGGCUCUCGACCAAAGCCCCGAACCUUGUCCUCGUAAACCCUACUUCCAAGCGAGUGUUCGGAGUCACCAGCGCCAGAUGUUCUUGUCUAAC